GCCCGCCGCUCAUCAGACGUCGAAGUCGAUCAGAAUGACUGCCGCAACUCUCCAGUUUGGUCCAGAAUGGAUGCGCACCAAGCCACAGACCCCUCGGUCUCAGGCAGCUCCCUCACCGCCGCUCCAGUCUAGUGGACUCCCUGCGGCUUCCUCAUAUUCAUCUCUCGUUACUCCUGCGCCGCAGCCACCGGAGGAAAAGAGAGAAUCAUCUAACCCAUUUAAGUACUCAAAGGAAGACAUGCUCAGAAUUUACAAGGAAGGCGGAGGACGGGGCGGACUAGGACUAGAGGUUGAGCGAUGGGAAGGUAUUGUCCGCGAGGUGGGCUCUGAGCCCGCCGCACUCAAAGAGUGGACUGAAGCAGAGAAGAAGCUCUUUGCAGGAUCCCUCAACUCCGAGAUGCGCAGACGACAGUCCACGGAUUAUCUGGGAUCCUCAGCCGCGACGUCGCUCACUGGGGAAAGACCGCGACUGGCACACAACAGCUCAGGUGGUGUCAGUCCUAUGAGAGAGCGGUUUGGGUCGCUGAUGGGACGAAGAAGGGGUGAUAGCACUGACCAGCAACCCUCAAUCAUUCCUCGAAAGCUCUCGGUGUCUGGAAUACACGGCGCGCUGAAUGGUCCCCGCGAAGGUGCUCUACCCUCUCCUCGGACGCGUGUUGGGUUCACUCAGGGCUUUGACGGCGUGCUGAACGGAGGCGACUCGUGGAAUCUUCGCAGGCGACCAUCUGAAGGGCCAUUGAGAGCGAAUAGUAUAUCCAUGGAGCAUGGUGAGAUGGCUCCACAGUCUGAUGGUCAACGAGACAAGAUCAAGGAGGAAGAGGAGUCAGCCCAGGCUCACGGAGAUCGCACCAGUUCCGAGCAGUCCUCCGCUACGACGUCCGCGACGGGUACACCAGCAGCGCAAGACAAUAAGGCCAACUGCACGUCCGAAACGACUGCAGUUCUCGACAAUGGAAUCGCGAGCUUAUCUUCAGGAGACUCAAGUAAUAAUGCUGGCGGUUCUGUGUCUGUACAUCCGGACAAUAAGUCGUCAGGUCUCCCUGGACUGUCCGACUUAGUGAGCAUAGAGUGGUCUUACCUCGACCCGCAAGGCCAGGUUCAAGGACCUUUCCGUGCUGAUGUAAUGCAAAAAUGGCACGAUGAGGGAUAUUUCACGCCCGACCUUUUAAUGAAAAGGACCCAUAUUGACACCGAAUGGACCAGUGUUGGGGAGUUGGCCCUUCGUGCGGGAGGAGGACAGAUAUUCUUGUCGCCUUUGGUUCAGUCCACGGCCCCGCCAGGUUUACCCCGACGUUCUGAACCAUCUGCCGACCAGCUCCUACCACCCCGAGAUCCCGUAAUGAUAGCCCAGCCUUACCAACCGGUUCCACUGCGUUCUUUGCGGACGUCGACUUUGGACUCGUAUCUUAACGGAUCUCCCAGUGUUUCAGCAUCGCCUUCGUCGUCGCUCGGGGCGGGUAGGUUCAGCAAUGGCUCACCCGAUCCAGCCGCUUUCGGUAAUAAUGUUCAAAAUAACCUCUAUGCGGCCGGGGACCCAUCCAUGGGCGCCCGAGGUGCAAGGUUCGGUGCACCUCGGGAGUCUCAGCCUAUCUCUGAUCGACAAUUCAGAGGAGGGUAUAACGACACCUCAUUUGAUAGUUCCUAUCUGCCCGCGGCUUCACCCUUCGAGCGUACUCUCCCCAAUCGAGCUUCUUCGAUAGAUAGCUUUGGAUACGGACCUAUGGGGCAUGGUCGCUUCGGUCCCGAUGGUGGUGCUGGCUUCACUGGCGAGUACAAUGGCCUAAUCAGCGACAGUCCGUACAUCUCGCCGGCUAUACCGAUGAAUGCAAACGGACUCGCGGGCGUCCGAGGACUAAGUGACUCUGGAAUAGGCCCUCUUAAUUCACCCGGGUCCUCCGGCAUGCCAUUCGCUGCUCAGAGGUCAUUGUCCCAUCUAUCUAGAGACGCCUUGUCUCGUCAUGGACUACCCGAGAGCCCCGCAGUCGAUAAUGUGUUGAAUGGACAUGGCCCUUCCUUUGGCCCACUCCCUCAGACGCCGUCCUUUCCGCAAUCGCCUCCGUCACAAUUAGGCUCCCAACAAAGCCAAGCAUUAGCUCCACUGGCUGCUGCACUAGCCCAAUCAUCCGUUGGUCCUCCUCCCCCCAAUGUGCAGCAUUCUCAGGGUCUACAACAGUCCUUGAUUUCUGGUCCUUCUCCCAGGACGCCAUCAUCUUCCUGGAACGUGCAAGAACAGUCGCCGUCCAGACGGCCGAACCCAUUCGAUGCCCCCCUCCCCAAAACCGGUAAUACUUCUGUAAACGCUACCCAGGGUGGUGCAAUUAGUAGUAGUGGGUCGGUCGCACCUUUUCACCAGCAACCUCGCCGGACCGCGUCCGGCAAUUCUGCAACCCCAUCGCAACCCCAACCUCAACAUGAGCAGUCCCCGUGGUACACUGCAUCCCGAGGCAUCGUAGAAGAUGGUUGGGGAGACCCGUCUGGCGCCAAUCGGCUUACGGUCAGCAACUUGAUGCAACAUAAUGAACAACAGGAACAGCAAGCAGAGCGGACACCAUCACAGAAGGAUAGUCCCGAACCCAUGGAGCCGCCUGCAGUCGUUGUAGAGCCAUCACCUGUGCAACCGACGGUUCCUGCAGCUACGGGCGACAAGGUUGUAAGUAAGAAGAAGGCGUCUCAGAAGACGACCCAAGGCGCGCCUGCCGAAGCUGCCGAGCCGGCCCCAGUGCCCUCGUCUACCGCAUCUGCAACUCCGACAACGGCCAAUGUUUCCUCAAGUGUCGCUCCCCCGAAGCCUGCGUGGUCUAUAGGGGAGGAGAAGGCUAAGCCCUCUGGCGUAGCUAUGGGUUUCCGUGAGAUCCAGGAGGCCGAAGCUAAGAGGCUCGAGGCUCGCAAAGUAGCAGAGAAAGAGAAAGAAGAUCGAGAGCGCCUCUCGAAAGCCAAUGCUUCCUCGACCAGUGAAGAGUCUCCACCCUUCGUCGCGUCAUGGGGAUUACCUACUUCGAAAGCUGGCGCUGCUCGUACCGUAUCCCAAGCGCCGAAGGAAUCAGCUGCUCCCGCGACCUCCCCGCCGCAGGCUGCCGCACCUUGGACAAAUGCGGUCAAACCUGUCACGACCAAGAAGACUAUGAAAGAAAUCCAGGAAGAGGAGGAAAGACGCAAGAAGGAAGCUGCUAAGCAGAAAGAGUCGAUGGCUACAGCUGCCCGCCGGGGAUACGCUGAGACUACUACAAGGAGUACGCCUGUUACACCAGCCACAAUCGGUGGACCGUGGGCAAUGGUUGGCCCUGGUGGUAAAGUGUCUACGCCUGGUGCAAGUGCGACCGCUACACCGGCGAGUCGACCCAGCUUACCAACAUCAACCUCUACGCCUGCGGUCGCGAGUGCCACACCCCGGUCCGUUAACUCUGUCAAUGCCGUCGCCCGUAAUGGUGGUGGCUCCUCUGUGCCCGCUGCUGCUAAAGCUGCGCCAGGCGCGAAGGCUGAGGACGUGCCGGCAGUCCCGUCUGCGGAACUCCUCAAAUGGAUGAGCGACAGUCUCAAAGGGCUUGAUAGCUCGGUCAAUUUGGAGGAGAUUAUCUCCAUGCUGCUCACGUUCCCACUCGACCCGGACCCCUCGACCCUCGAGCUCAUAUCUGAACUGAUAUACGCGAACAGCACGACCAUGGAUGGCAGACGCUUUGCAGCUGACUUUGUCAGUAGGCGCAAACUUGAUGCCUCCUCUCGCGGAAAGACGAACGGCAUGAAGGCUCCCAGCAUCGCUGACGUGGUGAAAGCACAACCUAAGCCUGCUCAAAACGAUGGCUGGGGCGGUUUCAAGGUCGUCAACAAAAAGAAGAAGGGUGGGAAGUCAUAGGAAGGGUGCACCUGGCUCGCUUGUUUGGCAUAUCUGCAUAUCUGUACUGCAUGCCUUCUAUUAUUCGUACAUACUCUCAUUACAUUAAUGCCCAUAUGAUAUGUUUGCUGUUUCACAAG